AUGUGUGGGAUUUUCUUCUCGUUGAGCUCAUCAUGCCUGACACCGCCAACACAGGAUACUUGCAAUCUGCUUAAACAGCGAGGCCCAGACAGUUAUAAGACUCACACGUUGCAGAAAGAUAUCGAGGCUCAGGUUGGAUCAGCUUCACCCCUUUCUUAUUACCUUAGCUUCACAUCGACAGUCCUUUCCUUGAGAGGUAACCAUGUGUACACUCAACCACUUGUAGACCCCGCAACCCAGUCUGUGCUCUGCUGGAACGGAGAGGCCUGGAAGAUCAGCGGGGAACGCGUCGAAGGCAACGAUACCGAGCGUGUGUUCAACUUAUUUCUGCAGGCAGCUCAAUGUGAAUCUAGUGAUGCUGUCGAACGAAUGAACAAAGCCAUUGAAAGUCUUCUUGGGCCAUUCGCCUUUGUGUUCUACGAUGCGGUUCACUCAAGAGUCUUCUACAGCAGGGAUUGUCUUGGGAGAAGAUCCCUUCUCGAGGGAUUCGAUGAACAGGGCAACCUGAAGAUCUGCAGCAUUUGCGAUAGCUCAUCAAUUUCCUGCUUCAAGGAGGUGGGUACAGAAGGCGUUCAUAUGAUUAAUCUCGAACGCCCUCAAGAUCCUUCGGCUUCUCCUAGAAAGCUAUUCCAGAUACAGACCUUGCCGUGGAGUUCAGAUGCUUCACUACCGGCAGGUCAUAUUGAAACCAAUUCCCCCAAUGAACACAACUCUGCCAGCAGAGCAGCCCCCUGCACUGACAACAGACUCCCCUUUUUUGUCGAGGAGCUUGAGUCAAGGCUACGCCAGUCCCUGGAACUGAGGAUACAGAAUGUGCCAGAGCCGCCAAAUCACCUUCCAGGCAAGACAGCGAAAUUGGCAGUUCUCUUCUCUGGUGGCUUAGACUGUACACUCCUUGCAAGACUCUCUCACGACAUCAUUCCUCUCGAAGAACCAAUUGACUUGCUCAAUGUGGCCUUUGAAAACCCAAGGGUGGCAGCAGCAGCAGCAAAAGCCAACCGACAAAACUCAUCAUCGCCAUCACUCUCAAUAUAUGAAAACUGUCCAGACCGAAUGACCGGCCGUUCGGCACAUAUCGAACUCCAAAAGUCGUGUCCUGGACGCACCUGGCGAUUCAUUGCCAUCGAUAUACCCUAUUCUGAAACCCUCGCACACCGUGAGCAAGUCAAGCGUCUAAUGAGACCACACAACACUGAAAUGGACCAAUCUAUCGCAUGUGCCUUGUACUUCGCAUCUCGUGGAGAAGGAACAUGCCAAACCAGCUCAACUGACCCGCAAGCACAACCAUCACCUUACACAACUUCCGCUCGCGUCCUGCUCUCAGGUCUCGGUGCAGAUGAGCUCUUCGCCGGCUACGGCCGUCAUGGCGUUGCAUUCAAUCGUGGUGGAUUCCAAGACCUCAUCUCGGAGAUAAACCUUGAUGUCAGCCGUCUGGGCUCGCGGAACCUCGGCCGCGAUGAUCGCGUCCUUUCCCACUGGGGCCGAGAAACUCGAUUCCCGUACCUGGAUGAGGAGUUUGUGGCGUGGGUGUCGCAGGCCCCGGUGUGGGUCAAAUGCGGAUUUGGGCUUCCUAAGACUGAUGUUACGGCUGAUAUUGAUUCUGAGAAACUGGCCUUGCGACUUGUUGCCCUUCGGCUGGGCUUGUCCAAAGUCUCUCGUGAGAAGAAACGGGCCAUUCAGUUUGGGGCUAGGACCGCGAAGAUGGAGACGGGCAGGUCGAAAGGCACGGAUGCCUUGAGCUGA